AACAGCAAAGUUAACAUCAGCUGUUAGAUUUUAAAUUAUAAAAUUAUUUAAAACGAAUUGUAUAGUGCUUAAAUAGAAAAUAUUAGUAAUUAUUAACCAUUACAUUGUUGUACAAGUGAAAAUUAUUGUGAAACACACCUAUGGGAUCUACGCAACGUUUUGUAUAACGCGGAGGUCAACGUGUCAACGGUUAUCCAAAUUCAAACAUCUUCCAUAAACCAGGGGAGUACUAGUUUUUUAAUUUCAUAUUUAAUUAUAAACAACACCUACAUUCAUUUGUUAUACCAACACCGCUCAUAUUUAAUGAGCUACGUCACAAUAAAUACAUUGGCACAAAAGUUACCGUCUCACUUUGCUUGACAAGUUGGAAGCAAUUUAGAAGACAAAAACUUAUCGCCCCAGACAAUAUUAUUCUUUACUCUUACUACAUCAUACCGAUAAACACUUAUCAACAUUUAGUACCUACUAUCAUAAUAGUAUUCAAAUAUAAUUAUCUCAUACAUUUUCUUUCAUCCGUUUCAGCAACUAAAAAAUACAACAUGCUGACCCGCAAGGCAGUAGCUAAGGACAUGGAGAAUAAAUUAAAAGCUACACUCCAUGAUUUGAAAGUUUCACAAUCUUUAUGUGAAAAACUCAUACAAGAGCGGGAUGAAAGUGAAUUAGAAAUUCAAGAAAUAAUUAAAAAGAACUCUCUUCUAAAAGCCGAGCUGGCUGAACUACACAUGAAAUACAUUUGUAGUGAAGACAAGUGCAAAGCCCUCCAAGACGUUGUGGACAGCUUCCAGCAGUGCUCUAGUGACCAUGAGAUAGCUCUUAGCCGUAUCGCUGAGUUGGAAUGUAGCUUAAUGGAAGUGCAAGAGGACAAUCCCAAGCGGCAAUGCAACACACCAAGUAGUCUUCAUGAUGAAUUAGUUGAAUGUGGACAGUUAAGUGGCUCUGUAAACUUUAAAAAAAUCAAUUUCUCUUCACAUAAGAAGUUGAAAAAAUACCUUAGAUUAAGUAAGUUUAUCAAGCGUACCCAAUCAAUAGUUAGGAAGAGUUCUUUAAAAAAUGUAAUUCAAUUAGAGAAAGACAAGAAAAACCUGGUUCAAGAGUUAGACAAAUAUCAUAGGGAUCUAGAAUAUUAUAAAAUCUUGUAUGAUGUAGAAACAAAUGAAUUAAAGGAGAAGAUAGACUCUUUAAGUCAUAUGUUAAAUGAUGUCAACCAGAAAUAUUCUGCUGCUCAAAUACAAAUAAACGAGCAUAUACAACAGGCAGAUGACUUAAUUAAAUUGAGUACUGAAAAUAUGAGCUUUGAGUCGCUGACCAAUAAUUAUUUCAUUUAA